GAUGAAGUACGCAACGGUAUGUAUCGGUGUCUCUUCCAUCCACACGAUCUGGUGACCCACAAUGAGGAUUGCUCCAACAAUUUUGCGCGCGGAAAUAUUACAAUAGGCAAGAAAAUGAUAGACCAGGUCAUGGAGCGUAUUCGCAAGGCUGCAGAGCACACGGACCUCCUGCAGGGCUUCAUUGCCACACAUAGCUGUUCGGGUGGAACCGGUGGUGGGUUAACGGCGUACAUUUUCCAAUGCCUUAUCGCGGAUUACGAUAAAUACAGCAUCAUCCAGUUGCCAAUCUACCCCUCCCCACAACAGGCGAACACAAUUGUGGAGCCUUACAACACGGUACUUCAUAUACACCAGGCUGUUGAUGCGGUCAAGCUGUCGGCCAUGAUGGACAACGAGGCGAUUGGUGAACUGUGUCAGCGAAGCUUGAUGCACCGUCAGCCCACAUACCAUACCAUGAACCAAGUUAUAGCACUUCUCACCAGCUCGUUGUUAUCACCAGUUCGAUAUCCUGGUUGUCUAACAGCUGGUCUGCCUGAGCUGGAAACAAAUCUGGUUCCAUUCCCCAGAAUACACUUCCCUGUGCUAAGACACGCACCGUUUUUGCACUACUCACGUUCGACUCAGCAGGCCUCCAGUAUAGACCAAUUGGUUCAGCAAGUUUUCAGCACUUCUGGUCAAACGGUCAAGUGUGAUUUAUAUCGUGGCAAAUUCAUGGCAUGCGUUUUAUCAUUUCGUGGUCUCGUUGGUCCUCGCCUUGUGAAUAGCGCUCUGGCAAGGAUAAAGGGGACUCCGCAUUUUGAAUUUGUUGACUGGUGUCCGACAGGAGUCAAAGUCAACUUGGUUGCCCAACCACCAGUUUUCAUGGCCCACGAUUCCCACAUCGCGCCUACCGACUGUUCUGUAACCAUGCUUGUUAAUACUUCGGCAAUUCGUAGUGUCUGGACCACAGUCAGUGCCAAAUUUGACAUGAUGUUUAGUCGCCGCUGCUUUGUCCAUUGGUUUCUCAACGAGGGCCUUGAGGAAUCAGAGAUGGUAGACGCUCGAGAAACUUUGGCCUCCAUCGAACGUGACUACCGGGAAAUCGGUUUGGCAGGUGACAGAAACGCGAAUUUUCUAUUAUCCACACCAAACAAGAGUAAACUGAACCGCCGAUGCUGGCGUCCGUCAAGGGACCAGCAAUUAUCUUUCGGUCAUUCACUCACUGAAGACGUGUCCGAGAGUACAACAUGUCCAUCGGAUGUUGGCACCAUGUCUUAUGCGACAGAAUCAUCAAGGAUGCCACCCAACUCAGUCCUAAAUCCGCCCCGAAUGACAAUAAGAAGGCCUGCUUUAGUGCAUUAGACUUGGGAUAUCAUCCUGCGUAAAUCUGACCAAGUGAAUUUAAGUUGUUGUCAUUUGCGUGUUAUCGCGGAAAUCUACUCAGUUCGGAGUAGUUUUUGGUUGGCUAUAAAGGCUUACUUUUCAUGAGUUUGCCUCUGAUAACAAGCACUAAAAUACGAGGCGAUUGAGUUUCCCUGGCCUCUUGUCCAAUUCGAUGUAAACGCCCAAUAUAAUCAUCUUUCUGAUCC